AUGUCUGUUCUAAACUUAGAGGCCAAAUUGGAGAGGUAUGAUAGCAGCACACCUUGGGGAUUUCGUAUGCAAGGUGGAAAGGAUUUUAAUAGUCCUCUGAUCAUUCAAAAUGUUAACCCGGGGAGUCUGGCGGCCAAAUGUGGCCUGCAGGUCGGGGAUGUGAUUCUCAAAAUUGGUAACACAGCAACCGAAUAUCUGCUGCACAAGGAAGCGCAGUCUUCAAUUUUGGAAAGUGGAAACCGGCUUGAUCUUCUGUUACAGAGGCGGCCCCUCCUCCCCACCAACUACCAAAAAAAAAAUUUAGUGGGGGAGAAACUGAGGACCCCCCCCCCCCAAAUCCAGCCACCCUCCAAUUCCACCCCCAAUCCCCCCCCCUUCCCGAUUUAUGCUGAUUUAUUACACUUACAGAAUUUCAACAACCCUCCUCGUCCGUUUGGAAGUCAAGCACCAGCCCGAUCUAAUUAUGAAUCGAACCUUUCCCAGCAAACUUCAGGAUUAUCUUUGAGCGAACCAAACCAGCCGCUGGGAUUUCCUGAUACUGGGGAGAGAUACACUGAGAGACAAGAUGCACCUAAUCCGGCCCAGCACCAGUCUAGAUCUUUUAGAAAACUGGCCAGUCUCAUUGAUGAGGAUGGAGGCAAUGAAAGUCCUGCCCACCCACUGGCUGCCCAACCCAUUGGACCUGGAAGUAAACCCGGCACAGUCAAAGCUAUCAUCUCCCAGCGCUACAACAACCCCAUGGGACUUUACUCCAAUGAGAACAUCAACAAUCAGCUGCAAGGACAAUCAAAAUUUCUCAUUGAAAAUGAUGAUGCUGCCAGCAAGCAAAAUUCACCACCUGCAUGUGAGAACACAUAUGAUGAGCAUGGUAGGAAAAACUAUGUACCUUCAGAAACAUUUCGUUUGGUCCAAGAUGAGGUGGGAAAUUCACAGAAGGUAGAAGAUGUGAUGCCAGUUCACUCUAGAUCCUUUAAAAUGAUUCAACAACAGCUGAACAGUUACCAACCAACUCAAGUCCCAGUGGCUAGGGCUACCACUGCCAAACCAUGGGCUCUUCCUCCAGCACAGCCCCAAGUGCCUAGGUCUACUGCACAAUCCUCAGCACCUCCAGUUCCAACUGGUGUUGGUGCUACCAGAGGCAAGAGAGGAGAUGCUGCAAUGAACCCUGCAGCCUUACCUGCAGCGGGACAUAUCCCUGUUUGUGUUGGCUGUCACUUGCCUAUCAGGGGUCCCUUUGUAACUGCACUUGGCAAAUGCUGGUGCCCGGAUCAUUUUGUGUGUGCCAAUCCUCGAUGUGGUAUCAAGCUACAGGACACAGGAUUUGUGGAAGAGGGAGGUUUCCUGUACUGUGAGCAAGACUAUGCCAUUCACUUUGCCCCUCACUGUGACAGAUGCGGUCAGCCAGUGGUUGGGGAAUGUGUUAAUGCAGCACAGAAGAGCUUCCAUCCCGGCUGCUUCUUGUGCACACAGUGCAGACAGCCAAUCAGUGGGACCAAGUUCCACAUUGAAGAUGGGAACUUUUAUUGUGAAGCAGAUUGGAUGGCCAUGUUCCAGACAAUGUGCUCUGGUUGCAACUUCCCAAUUGAACCUGGUGACAAAUGGGUGGAGGCCGUGGGUAAAAACUUCCACUGUGAAUGCUUCAAUUGUGCAACUUGCCAGAUAAACCUGGAAGGGCAACAGUUUUGUGCCAAAGGUGGCAGAGCCUACUGCAAGAAGCAUGGCAACUAG